AUGAAAGCCGUCUCUGAGAAAGUUGUGCAUACGCCAGAAGUUCUGUUUAUACCGUCUAUUGCUGAAGAAAAUAAGGGAGGAUACUCUUCGAAGGCCUUGGAAAGGUUUUACUGCACUCUGGGCGAUCGCUUUGGGCGAGAUCGCGAGUUUUAUUCAAAUACAAAAGAUGAGCAUGGCAUGACCCCGCUUCAUUACGCAGCGCAGUUAUUGCCGACGGGAUGCAGUUUCUCGGAUGAACACGGGGAGGAACGACGAAAAUGGAGGUUGCUACUGGAAGGCCUUGAUAAGGGUGAUCUGAAUGAGCAGGAUGACGAUGGUCGUACCCCACUGUCUCAUGCAGCAGAGCUUGAAAAUGCGUGGGCUGCGAACAAAUUGAUCAAAGCUGGAGCUGACCCCUACCAGAGUGACAAGAACGGGCGAUCGCCUUUGUCCUGGGCAGCGCAAUCCGGUGGAGAAGAAUUGAUUAAGCUACUAAGUUGGAAUGUUGGGUACUCUAAUGACAAGGACAACCGAGGCUGGACACCCUUCCAUUAUUUCCUACAAAGGGAGCCUGAGCCAACCAAAGGAUACGAUUUCGGGGUUUUGCCACUUGUCUGGGACGGAAGACAUUCCCUUGAGGUUGGCCACUUUAAAUGGCGCAAAGCCUUGUUGAAACGUUACGUGCAUUCGCGAGUGCCAGCCAACUAUAUGAGCACAUCCUUGUUAUCUGAGCCUGAUGCUUUUGGCAUCACUUUGCUGUCACGCGCUGUACAACUUGAUAGAAUCAUGAUCGUCGCAAUACUCCUUACCAUUGAGGAUAUCAAUAUUGGCAUGCCAGACAGAGAUGGCAAAACGCCGCUGUGGCGGGCGAUAGAAGCCGGAAAUCGCGCAAUUGCUGAGUUACUGUGGAGAUAUGAUGAUGUAACUUUGAGGCUACUUGCGACAAGUGCUCACUCCAAAUCGGACCUUCUAGAAUGGCUUGUUACCAACAAUUAUUCGUUUACCAGACUGCAAGGACUAAACAAAGAGACCGCUUUCCAUAUACUGCUUGACAUCCCUAAUAUCAGCAUUAUGGAGCAUCUCCUCCAACAAGCCAUAGUCGCCCAAAUACCUGACUUGCCUAUGGACACAGUUGAAGCUCCAACAAAUGUGAGCUCAGAAUUUCUAGAGAAAGCCGACAGACGUGGCUUAACCCCUUUAGCCUUGGCAAAAGAGCAAAGACUGCUACCGAUAGUGAAGCUUUUCCUUCGAUGGCGUGCCAAAGUGGACUGCUUCAGACACAAAGCGGACUGGUUUGAUCUAUUACCGGACAGUAAAAAUAAGGGGCCUUUCUUCAAUUUGGAGGAAACGUAUCGGAAUGUUUCAUUUGAGCUGGUACGAAAGAAGAACAAUAUCCUUGUCUUCGACUUCUACAAAGCAGAGGAUGUAACUCCACAAGGACAUCUUGUCGAACGAUGUGAUAUGCUUCAGCAUCUCUGGGUACACAAUAGCAAGCAAAAUUGGAUAGCCUCAUUGCAACAUGGCCUCUAUCAUAAUACAGAAUCAUACGCAUACAGCCGCGUGCAUCUUGACACCAAACUGUCCGAAAUAACUUGUGCUCUAUCGGCAGAAUUUCCCAACCCGGAUGCAGGAUUCUUCAAUAGACAUAGCCCAUUCCAGUCUGGGGGCAUAGCAAGUCACAAAUGCUGGUGUAUAUCGUGGACAAAACCACAGUUUCCGGAUACAAGUGACGACAUACAACCAGUAUUCUACAGCACUACUAUCUCUCACGGCCAGAUUCCUGCAAGCGACGACGAAUUCCUACAGCAAUACAUUGGCGAAUUAUUUCAGGAAUGGUCCCUAAUAUGCGAUGAAAUUGAGACGCAUGUCAUUGAUCAUUGCAAUGGUGACGAGACGAGCGCCACUGUUCUGAUUACUGACCUAGCUGAUGAUUCACGUUACUUGGCCACCAUCCAGAAGGCCCUUCAAGACCAGAUCAAGGGAAUACGGAAGGCAAUCGAUGAAUAUCGCAGGGUGGAUGUACAUCACAGUCCUUGUUUGGAAAAGUCAGAAGAAGAUCUUAGUCGAUUGAAGGCGACUGUUAAUGAUCGACUGGAUAAGCAACAUGAGCGGGUGCGUGAUCUCCGCCAGAUGGAAUUUGCUAGGCUUUCCGUUGAAGAGACAGUUUUCAUGAGACGUAUCAGUCUGAUAACUUUUAUCUUCCUACCACUGAUGUUUGCAUCGAGUCUAUUUGGCAUGAACGUCAACGCGCUGCAAAGCAACCCUGACUGGCGCUGGUACAUCGUGUUCGGCGCCGCAUCCCUUCUUUUGACCUAUGCGUUGUGGAAGGUUUCAGAUCAGAAUGUCCGAUUAUCCCAGUUAUGGUCUGAAAUACGAGCGAGUCGGACCAUAAAGAACAGGACGAAGGAUUGUGAAGGCUGA